AAUAAUACCCAUACUUUGAUUGGUUUUUUGGGUGAUGUAUUCUCGGCCAAGUGGGGGUAAAAGAGAGGGAAGGCUGGCUGUUCUUUUGGAGGUAUCUCUUGGGUGUUUAUGUAGAGAAUAAGAGAGAGUUGAUUGAGUUAGUGGUGGGCCAGGGAUGUGCAGCUUUGUUGGGGAACAAAAGGGGGGACAGGGGCAGGUCCCUUACAUGGAAUAAGAGAGGGGUUUUGGCUGGAAAGUCUCCGUUCUCCCGGAUAUCUAACAGAAGAUCAUGAUGGAAGCACACCUUUACGCCCUACAUGAUUGCAUGUGGAUGGUGCUUGAGGAUGGACCCUUGAAAAUCCAAAUGGAGAAUCUUGGGAAGCUGUGUGAGGGAACGGAGGACCUGAGAAAGCAGAAGAUAGAAGUCCUGCUUGAAAAGUUCAAAAGCUUCAAAAUGCUUCCUGGAGAAUCAUUUGAUAUGUUGGAUGAAAGAUUCCACAAAAUCUUAAAUGAUCUUUCAUCACUUAACCACAUUCUUUCUCCCAAAGAAAAGAAUGUAAGGUUGCUGAGAUCUCUUCCAACUGAGUGGUACACCAAAGCCACAGCCAUGGAAGAAAGAAGAAACCUGGAGAACUACACUGUCCAAGGUCUCCUUGAUGAGCUCAGAACCUAUGAGCAUGAGCUGAUGAAGAAGAAGGAAGAACAAGUCACUCCCUUCCCCACGGCAUUGAUGACAACUCCUAGAGUCCCACCGAGUGAAGGGACAUGCCCAAGGAACUGUGACACACCUUCCUCCAGCCAGCCGUCAAGCUCAAGAAUGGAGAACUAUGAUGAGGAAUUUGCCAUGAUGGUCAAACAAUUCUGGAAGUUCAAGAAGUUCUUCAAGAAAGCUGACUCAGUUAGAAGGCCAUCCAAGGGAAAGCCACAGAACUGGUAAUUUUCUGAGGAACCCAAAAGUCGAUUGACUCAAACACAGGGAAUGAUUCACUCAGGAUUUGGAAGUGGGAGAUAAUCGAUUAACAAGCUCAGUAAAUCGAUUAAUAGGAU